AUGGCCUCCCUCCCCAAGAGCCAGUGUGACAGCCCGCCGGCAAAAUGGACUCAAAUGCAACAGUUGUUGGCCUUAUUCCCAGCCCUCUCAGCUCCACCAGUGGCCGCACCCUCCCCAGCAGCCUUGUUGCUGCCUUCUUCCAAGGCUCUGCCAGCUCAACGUAUCCCGUCUAAACCAGAACAGGAAUCUCAAACAGCUCCAAAUAGACCCGGCUUCAUUGAUUCCAAAAGUUGA